UACUCUUCUUUUACUGACUGGUUGCUUUGCAGCCUUAACCUUGACCCCAUUGGAGCAGAACACAACAUACAAAUCAAGCAACCUACAAAAAUCCUUCUGACUCUCUUUCCUCUUUUACCCCAACCAAAAAGAAACACCCAUUUCCCUCUUUACUUUAUUCAACUUCAUUCCUAUGCUCACAUACUCCAUUAUUAGUAAGCUUCUCUGAAAUCUCUCUGUAGCCACAACUACCUACCAUAUUUGCUUCUAAGAGAAAAACAUGGACUUUGGAGAGAACAACAUGUUCAGCCUUAACACCCACACCAAAGAGGAAAACGAAAACACUCCUAACAAUAACAACAACAUUGUCAAUGUUUGGUAUUCAUCAUGGGAUGCUACUACUACUAAUAGUAAUACACUACACACCUCCACCACGGCGGCGGAAGGCUACGCCGGCGGAAGUCACAGCCACCACCACCAGCAACUAUACGGCGGUGAAGGGUGUCACGUGCAGGCUGACCCUCACCUCACGUGCUUGCAUCUUGGUAAAAGACAUUACUUUGAGGAUGUUACAACUAACGGUGAUGUUAACAAUGCUACCCCUUUGGGGAACCGACACGUGUGCAGUGGUGGUGGUGCGGGUUAUGUUUUUGCGGGUAACGAUAAGAGAGGGAGGGGGUAUUAUAGAGGAGGAGGAGCGGCUGGUGGUGGGAAAACGGCGCCGUUUGCGAUGGUUCCUCGAUGUCAGGUGGAGGGAUGCCACGUGGCGCUGGUGAACGCGAAGGAGUACCACAGGAGGCACAGAGUUUGCGAUAUGCAUUCCAAGGCACCCAAAGCAGUGGUGUUAGGGUUGGAGCAGAGAUUCUGUCAGCAGUGUAGCAGGUUUCAUGUGGUGUCAGAGUUUGAUGACUCAAAGAGGAGUUGUAGGAGGAGAUUGGCGGGCCAUAACGAGCGAAGAAGAAAGAGCUCUCACCUUUCUGUUACUAGGAAUUCUAGACAAGGGUGUGCUCUCUCUCUUCUGUCAUCUGGGAGUGGAAGUAGGGAUCAUCAUAAUUGGCUAUCUCAUCAUGCGGAUUUCUCCACAAGAUGCAGUGCAGCAUUGCGUGAAUUGAUAGCAGAAAAUCGUGCUGCCCUAAUGACUAGACAACAACAACAACUUGUUUAUGAUCGAGUUUGGCCUCAUCUUGUUGUGGCGCCCCACCAUGAUGCGGAUGCUGCAGUGGAAGAAGAAGACUUUGAGGACUUACAACAACAACAACAACCUGAGUCCAAUUAUUUUCCACAACCUAUGUUUCCACAGACACAAUAAUAAUGGUUCUCUUCCGAAUUGAACUUGAUUGGAGGUGACCCCAAAUAUAUUUGAUGCACUUUACACGAGCUAAA